GCUCUAAUAUUGUGACGUAUUUCCCGGACAAAGGAGCAGGUUUGUUGCCAGCCAGCCGGUCGUCAACGCGCUCGCAUCCUUCUCUGACCCGAGCUUCCAUUCCCCCGUUUUGUCACACUCUUAAUGUAUGUGGAGCGCUGUCUCGUUAGCAAGCGGUCGCGACUGUAAUGCCAGAAGAACGCCGUUUAUUAAUGGGCGAAGGUAUUGCUUUGGAAGGUUGAAGGCACCUGGUAGACGAGUAGAAUCAUGCUGGCAAGUUGGUCGUGGAUGAAAAGCUAGCAUUCGAUAUCGUCCAAAGGGGGCGGAUAACGUCGUGAGCCGCCAAAAUAGAUGUAAAGUCAAAGGGCAAGUGCAGGCGAGAGAAAGUCCCCGCCCGACUGGAGAGAGUAAUGUGGAGGCAUGACGUCUUUGAUUUUGACGUGAAAUGGUACGAGUGGAUUUUUGUUGUUGUUGAGGUUGAAACUACAACAACUACAACGUACAACGUGUUCCCCAUAGGGUAGCCGACUAUUGCAAAGUGGACGGGAGCGACUGAAGCCUUAGUAGGAAGCUCACUUCUAUUUCAACCCAAAGUGCCUGCCAGAGCUGCCGACAAGCCUCUCACCAGUCUGCCCUGUUAGGUGAAUCCGUUCCCAAUCUCGCUUCCUUCGAGCGAUGUGAUCCAGUCCAGGUGGACCUCUUUCUUCCUGGGGACUUGACUGAAGCACCACAAUGGACCAGCUCUGAUUCGCGGCGCCUCCUCUCUUAAGUUUGUUGGGGUGCUUGUGACAAUGUAUCCACUUGUUACGCUGCUAUCUCUGGGCAAGGUUGCUCCACCCGUUAGGUUGAAAGAGGCCAAGUGCUCAAAUCAACAACCGGCCUCUCCCUGCAUUAAAACUGUAACCUGCGACAGCUCAAUUUUUGGCCACUGUUCUACUUUACCACCACAAGGGAGUGCAGCUCCUAUUUGGCUGUGAAGCAGUGAAAGACCGUCGGAUACACUGCCCUGCGUUCUACUUUUCAUGGAUGCCCGCGUGGCUCUGCUGCACUUAUGGACAGUCCUUGUCCUGACAGCAGAACUGAAUUGGAUUGAUACUGCAGAGGUGUACACCAAUGCUUGGGCUGUCCAGAUUAAUGGAGGCCCUGAGGAGGCAGACCGUAUCGCAAAUGAACACGGUUUCACCAACCAUGGCAAUGUUUUUGGAGAUUAUUAUCACUUCAGACAUCAUGCUGUGGAGAAGAGAGCUUUUUCUAGACACAAGGGGCUGCACAUCAGACUGCAACAAGAUUCACAAGUUCUAUGGGCAGAGCAGCAAGUGGUGAAAAGGAGGAAGAGGAGGGAUGUCUUCGAGGAACCAACAGACCCUGAUUUCCCCAAACAGUGGUACCUGUCAACUCUGACUCACCAAGACCUAAAUACCAAAGUAGCUUGGGCUCAGGGCUACACUGGAAAAGGUAUUGUGGUGACUAUCCUGGAUGAUGGCAUUGAAAAAGACCACCCUGAUCUCAUCAGCAAUUAUGAUCCCAAGGCCAGCUAUGAUGUCAAUGAUGGAGAUGCUGACCCCCAACCAAGAUACACUCAGCGUAAUGAGAACAGACAUGGAACUCGAUGUGCAGGAGAGAUUGCAGCUGCAGCGAACAAUGGUGUAUGCGGCGUUGGUGUGGCUUAUAAUGCUAAAGUUGGAGGAGUCCGUAUGUUGGAUGGGGAGGUGACAGAUGUGGUGGAGGCUCACUCACUUGGUCUCAAUCCUCAGUACAUCCACAUAUAUAGUGCCAGCUGGGGCCCAGAAGAUGAUGGCAAGUCACUGGACGGCCCUGCUAAGCUGGCGAAGGAGGCUUUCCAGCAGGGAAUCACAAAGGGACGUGGCGGGCUAGGCUCCAUUUUUGUGUGGGCCUCAGGAAAUGGCGGCAGAGAGCAGGACAACUGUAACUGUGAUGGCUACACCAACAGCAUCUACACAUUGUCCAUCAGCAGCACCACGCAAUCUGGAAAUGUGCCAUGGUACAGUGAGCCUUGCUCGUCCACCCUCGCGACCACCUUCAGCUCUGGAAACCCUGGGGAAAAACAGAUAGUGACAACAGACCUCAGGCAAAAGUGCACCGAUUCACACACAGGAACAUCUGCUUCAGCACCACUCGCUGCUGGGAUCAUUGCUCUGGCACUGGAGGCCAAUAUGAAUCUGACCUGGAGGGACAUGCAGCACCUGGUGGUGAGAACGGCCCGACUGAGACAUCUCAGCGCUGGAGACUGGAAAACCAAUGGAGUUGGACGCAGAGUGAGUCACUCAUACGGAUAUGGUAUCCUGGAUGCUGGAGCAAUGGUGGCCUUAGCGCAAAACUGGACCAGAGUGGGGCCGCAGCACCAAUGUGUUCACACCAUGCUCACAGAACCAAGAGACAUCGGGAGCAGGCUGGUGUUCAGUAAGAACGUUGAUGCCUGCUGGGGACGGCCCGACUACAUCAGCUCUCUGGAGCACGUUCAGGCUCGUCUCACUCUCCUUCACAACCAAAGAGGCAAACUGUCCAUUCAUCUCGUCAGUCCACUGGGCACACGCUCUACCCUCUUGUUUCCCAGGCCAAAUGACUUUUCCACCGAAGGAUUCAAUGACUGGGCCUUCAUGACCACCCACUCAUGGGAUGAGGAUCCUCAAGGCGAAUGGACUUUGGAAGUAGAAAAUGUUGCAGCUAAUAGCCGUGACUAUGGAGUGUUGAGUCAGUUCACGCUCACACUUUGGGGGACAGGAUCCAGUGUGGUCAGCCCCUUGUCGUCAGACUUCCCUCGGCCCUCCAACAACAGCUGCAAGACGUUUGAUGCCCAGCAGAUCUGCAUCGAAUGCAGCCCGGGCUUCUCCCUCUUCCUCCAAGGCUGCGUCAAGUUGUGUCCUCCCGGUUUUACAUCGGGGCCGCAGCUCCUCAAUCUCUCUCUGGAGAACUGGGUGGACCUAUCUUCAGUACAAGCCUGCCUGCCCUGCCACCCCGCCUGUCUCACCUGCGUUGCCACGGGGCACACGGACUGUCUGUCCUGCCCCCCACACAGCCGCCUGGUCCUCAGCUCCUGCCUGCACCAGAACCAGGUCCAGCGCAAAUCUCCUCCCGCCGGAGAGGAUCCAGCGGCAGAUGACAAUAAAGGGGGAGGAGGCGGUGACCCUCCUGACCCCAGCUCGUCUUCUCAGCUUCCUGCCGUUGUGGCCAUUCUGGGGUGUGCCUUUAUCCUGACGGCCUUUGCUGGGGUUUUCCUCACACUGCAGCUGCGUUCGGGCGUAGCUUCUUCUAGCCGCAGGACCAAACUGCUCUCUGCGUAUGCCGACAGACGCGUGGGCUUUGGUUUCGGCCUGGGCCGAGGACAAAAGAGGAGGGCUCGUAUAUGCUACAAGGGGAUCCCCGCUGUGUGGGGGGACGAGGACAUGACCGCCUAUGAGUCUGAAUCAGACAGCGAGGAAGUUGACGGUCAUGGGGAAAGGACAGCUUUCAUCAAGACGCAGAGUGUCAUCUAGCCGACACCUGUGAUGUUGUGAUGGACUGUCUGGUACCAAGGUACGGGGGUCCUUGGUUUACGACUGAGUUUGUAAGUCGGAAUGCGUCGUGAUCUCUCUGAUCUGGUAGUAAAGUCAGAAUUAGUUAUUUGUAUGGAAAACACAUCAAGGCCAUAAGUGCAGGGUGAAUACAACUAUUCGCGUUGGUAAACUACUACUGCAUGAGCUGGUAAACAAAGCAACGUCCUGUCAUCUGCUGACGUCAAACUGGAAGGGGUAAUAUCGUCGAUUAGGGUGGCAAAAAGUAAUAAACAUUUGACUAAUUCAAUGUAAUUCUGUUUGAUGACUAAGGUCAUUUACAUUUCAAAAUAAAGCAGAUUUUAUGUUCAUGAUGUAUAUUUCAUAUAUUUCAUAUACCACUUCUCAUUUUCCCUUUUAAACCUUUUAAUGCAGGGGCAAUUAUGUAAUAUAAUGGGGCAAUUAUGAAGUUCUUACACAGGACAUAUUAGGUAAACUCCAAGAAGUGAAAUUGCCUCGCGCUCUAGCCAAACAGUGCAAGCUCGUCUUCUGGCUUGCUGACGUCACGACUGUUUCCCAUUAAAUGUAAUCAAAUCUGUUAUUGUUUACGGGAAAGAUAAGCACGUUUUUUUUGUGUUUUUUUAUUUUUUUUUUUAUUGUAUUUAUUUAUUUUUGCAUUUGGUUCCCUUACUCUCCGAAUGUGAACCGGACCAUGACCUUAAAAGCAAUAUGCGUAUAUACCACACUGUGAUUUUUGGUCUACUGUUAUUACCGGCUGUGUGAUGAAAACAAGCUUGCUCGCAGUGUCGCAGACCAUCCAGUAUUUAUCCGCCUUUGCCUUGUCACAGAAUUCUAAAUAUAUAAUUAAAAGCGUGACAACAUCCUAGCCACUAUCUAUAAAAUGCUUGUCGGGUAGCGACAAUUGUUUUUCUAUAUGUCCUUAUUCUGUUGUGGCUCCCAAGAUGUUUUUUUACCCCUCAUUGCCAGUUAUACAGAACAGCGACCUGGAAACAAGGCUGUCUUUAACCGGGGCUAAAAGGGGCUUAGGUGUGAGUACGCGAAAACAUUUUCUCCGUUUGCUGCAGAUGAAAGUGAUUUAUUCUCGAGAUAUUUUUGCUCUGUUUUCCAGCCUGAGGCUACAUUGCUUUAUUCCCAGAGCAUCUCCGUUAAGGAGAGGCCUCCUUCUCUUGAAGUAAACAACAUUACAGCAUUACGUUAUAUGUUGUUUCGCUUGAUGAUUGUCUUGUAUAACAGCAGUAUUAGGACCCACAUUGAAAAAAAAAAAAAGAGUCAAAAUGCAAGAAAUAAGUCGCAGUUAAAAGAAUCCAUUUAUCCAUUCAUUUUAUAUACCACUUAUCGUCACCAGGGUCACAGUUGCUCUGGAGCCUAUCCCAGAUGAUUUUGGGCGACCCUAAACUGGUCGUCACAUGUAGGCAAACAACCAAUCACAUUCACACCUGCGGACAAUUUAGUUUUCAAUUAACCAAACAUGCUUGUUUUUGAAAUUUGGGUUGAAGCCAGAGUACACGGAGAAAACCCACAACCACAUGGAGUACGAGCAAACGCCACACAGGAAGGUCUUAACCAAAAUUCAAACCUGAGCUGUGAGGCAGAUGUGCUCACCACUUGGCAGCCCCUCACAUUAAAUCUUAAAUUUAAAACUUCAUUCUUUUUAGUUUUUAACUUUUCUAAAAUCCGAUUACACUAAUUAAAAUAAAAAUCUUCUAUUUUAUGUUUGUUUGUUUUUUGACUUUUUUUCUAUUUUACUUGCAGUGGAUAAUAUCGUGGAGAUUAGUUUUAUGCUUGAAUAAAAUGGCUUUGGUGUUUGCAGA